AUGGCUCCACAUGCUUUACAAAAUGGGUCUUCUUCUCCUAAUAAAAAUGGUGAAAAUUUAGGUUCUGUUGGUUCUAAAGUUACAAAUUUAUUAAAUUCAAAUCCAUUUGGAAUAACAACUGAUCCAAACCUGAUAAAAGGAAAUUCAUAUAUUUCAGCUACAACAAUUAUAAAUCAAUCUAUUUAUUCUAUUGCAUCAAAAAUUUUCAGUUAUGAAACUAUUGGUAUUGAAAAUUUACUUGAUUCAUAUAUUCAAUUAUGGUUACAUAAUCAACAACCAAAUGCAUUUGAUAUAGUUCCAUUUUAUAAUAAAUUUGAAGUUAGAUCAGGUGCAUCAAAUGCAAUUUUAGGAUAUUUUAAAAAGAAUGGUACAAAUGGUCAACCUGUUUCAGCUAUUGUUGGAGCAAAUGGAAUUGAUUAUAUGAGAAAUUCUUUAUAUGGUCAAAAAGCUCCUUUAUCACUUAAUGUUUCAGCUGUUGAUUUCGUUGAUGAUUCAUUAGUUUCUAAUUAUGGUAGAGUUUUAAAUGUUGCAAGAGAUUUAAAUUUCCCAGUUUUCACACCAUUAAAUUUUGGAAAUGAAAUUCAACAUUUAACUAUUUUAAAUCAUUUUUUUGCUUUUCUUUCAGGAAAACCAUCAAUCUUUUUGUUUGAUGGUCUUGAAUUUGCCAAAAAUUUUAGAAAAUUUGAAAAUUUAUUAUCAGUAAAGGAAAUUGGACAAUUGUAUCAAGAUUUAUUAGAUUCUGCAUCAAAUUCAGAUGCAACUAUUGAUAAAGCAUUUGAAUUACUUAAUAAAAUAACAGGCAAAAAUUACUCACAAUUUGAAUACCUUGGAAAUAAAGAUGCUAAAACUGUUUUCGUUGUUUAUGGAACUUUUGCAAGUGAACAAUGGGGUAAUUUAGUAAAUGAUGAGUUUGGUUUAAUUCAAAUUAGAGUACCUGUUCCUUUUAAUCAAGAUAAAUUUUUAUCUAUCAUUCCUGAAUCAACUGAAAAAUUGGUGGUCUUGUCAACUCAAAAUGAUCAAUUGAAAGCUGACAUUAGUGCUUCAUUAUUUUUAGGUAAUAGAUAUCAUUCACUUACUAUUGAAGAAUUCAAAUAUCCACAUGAUUUUACUUGGAGUCCAAUCACUAUUGCUAAGUCGGUUGCUAAAUUUGAUGGAGAUGUUAAUGUUGAUAAAUUAUUAUCUAAAUUUGAAGUAAACAAUGAUAAAGAUGAAAUACUCAACGCUAAUACUUCUCCAGAAGGUAAAUAUUUGUUUUGGGGAAGAGAUAAUUCAUUAAUUGUUGAUACUGCUGAUAAAUUAGCUCUUUCAUUAUCUUUAGAUGAUAGAAAAAAGAUUAGUAUUAGAAAUAAAUUCGACAAUUCAAAAUCAGGAGGAGUUUUCCAAUCACAAAUAAUUUCAACUACUGGUGACUUUGUUUCAGUUGAUGCAGCUGAUGUAGUUUUGAUUGAAGAUUUAUCACUUUUGAAUUCAUAUGAUUUUUUAGCAACUUUAAAACCAAAAGGAAAAGUUAUUUUAGUUAAUAGUAAACAACAAAUUGAUACUGAAAAAUUUCCAAUUGAAUUUAAAAGAAGUUUAGCUAUUAAUCAUAAUAAAUUAAGUGUUGUUGAUCUUACUGUUGUUGAAGCAUUGGAUGAAACUAAUAAUGGAACUAAAGGAUUAACUGCUGAACUUUUAUUACAACUAGCAUUUUGGAGAGCAACAUUACCUGAAUUGGGUGGUUAUAUUGUCAACAAAUUGUUACAAGCUAAUGGUGGAUCUUUUGAAUUGUUGGCAACUGUUUUAGAUAAUUUCAUCAAAGCUGCUGAUCAAAAACAUGCUAUUGUUGAAGUUGAAGUAUCACCUGAAUGGGAAAAUUUAUCAGAAAAGACAGAAGACACCGAGAAUAAAGAAUCAAAUGGUACCGCUAAAGAUGAGAAAACAGAAGAAGACAAACCAAAAGAACAAUCUGAAGAGGAACCUGCAGAAGAAUUUGAACCACUUCCAUUUUUCAUUAAAGAGAAUUCAUUAAUUGCUAAUCCAAGAAUUCCAAUUGAUAAAUCAGAAGUAGUUAAUCAUUCGUCUUAUCAUAAUAUAGCUCAAAAAAUUACUUUCCCAGAUACUUUUAAUAUUAAAAAGGAAUUAAGACCAGAUUUACCAGUUAAAAAUUUUGUUGUUAAAGUUCAAGAAAAUAAAAGAUUAACACCAACUGAAUAUUCAAGAAAUAUUUUCCAUAUUGAAUUUGAUAUUACUGGAACUGGAUUAAAAUAUGAAUUAGGUGAAGCGUUAGGUAUUCAUGGUAGAAAUAAUUCAGAAGAAGUUGAAAAAUUUAUUAAAUUUUAUAAUCUUGAUGGGGAUUCAUUAAUUGAAAUGACUAAUAAAGAAGAUUUUAAAUUUAAUGAAAUUAGAACUGUUAGACAAAUUUUAUCUGAAUCAAUUGACUUUUUAGGUAAACCGCCAAAAAGGUUUUAUGAAUCAUUAGCUGAAUUUGCAACAGAUUCAAAACAAAAAGAACAAUUAACAAAAUUAGGAAGUAGUGAAGGAGCAGAAGAAUUAAAGAAAAGACAAGAUACUGAAUUUGAUUCAUAUUUUGAUAUUUUAGAAGAAUUUACAUCUGCAAGACCAGCAUUUAAUGAAUUAGUUAAAAUUAUUGCUCCAUUAAAAAGAAGAGAAUAUUCCAUAGCUUCGUCACAAAAAUUACAUCCAAACUCAGUUCAUUUAUUAAUUGUUGUAGUUGAUUGGAUUGAUCCAAAAGGAAGAUUAAGAUAUGGUCAUUGUUCAAAAUAUUUAUCUGAUUUAAAAAUUGGUGAUGAAUUAGUUGUAAGUGUUAAACCAUCAGUUAUGAAAUUACCUCCAUCACCAAAACAACCAAUUAUUAUGUCAGGUUUAGGUACAGGAUUAGCUCCUUUUAAAGCAUUUUUAGAAGAAAAAAUUUGGCAAAAACAACAAGGUAUGGAAAUUGGAGAAAUUUAUUUAUUCAUGGGUUCAAGACAUAAAAAGGAAGAAUAUCUUUAUGGGGAAUUAUGGGAAGCUUAUAAAGAUGCUGGUAUUUUAACUCAUAUUGGUGCGGCUUUUUCAAGAGAUCAAGUUCAAAAAAUUUAUAUUCAAGAUAAAAUUAAAGAAUCAAUUGAAGAAUUAACUGAUGCUUUUGUUAAUAAAAAAGGUGGAUUUUAUCUUUGUGGUCCAACUUGGCCUGUUCCUGAUAUUACUCAAUGUUUAUCUGAUAUUAUUAUUAAUGGUGCUAAAAAACAGGGUGAAGAAAUUAGUGAUGUUGGUAAAUUAAUUGAAGAUUUAAAAGAGGAAGGUAGAUAUAUUUUAGAAGUUUAUUAG